AUGACUGACCACGCCAUAUCCUCGGAUCCUCCUUCGAGAAACAGCACAUCCAGUCCCAGCAGCAAUAAUGGCCCAAUCAGCCACCGGUCCAGCUUCGCAGAAAAUUUGAGACACUCCCCCCGCUCCCAACGCCAUCCCUCCCUUACACAAGCUGCAGUUCAAGAGCUGCUCAACCAUCCCCCGAAUUCCAAGACCAGUGAUCCGAGAUUCGCCGGUCGAGAUUGGAGGAGCAUACAUGUGGGCGAACUCGUACAGAAGAGUGAUGUUAGAUGGGCUGAGCUGGACACCAAUGUUCAAGACGCUACCAAGGCACUCAUAGACCAUGGUCCGCCAAACGUCAUCCUACUGCGGGAGAGCCCGACAGAUAAGACUGCGCGCGAUAGCUUCGAUUACAAUGACCUCAAUGCCUACCUUCUGGUCGUCCUAGGCUUGGCUAAUCCAGAAGAGGACCAAAGGGAGAAAUGGACGGAUCUUGCGAAAAGAGCCACCGCACAAGAACCUAUCCCACUCCGAGAAGCGGUAACAAUUGCCAAGAAAUCACCACUGGUGACUCUUUCGGAAUCAGAAGACUUGUCAAAAGCUAUAGAAAUAUUUGGAAGUGGUAUACAUCGAAUCAUCAUCUGCAAGGAAGGUACAGAGGAGGUUGUUGGCAUCCUAAGUCAACUGAAGCUGGUCAAUUUCCUAUGGCAAAAUGCGAACAGCUUUCCUACUCUUGACCGGUUGUAUCCUAUGGUUCUACGCGAUCUAGGCGUCGGUACGGUUCAGGCCAUAUCGAUCAAUGGCGACAGAAAUCUGGCAGAGGCAUUGCAGCUGAUGAACAACGAAGGGCUGACCAGCGUUGCUGUCGUGGAUAAUGCUUGGAAUGUUAUUGGCAACAUUUCCACAGCAGAUGUAAGGUUCCUUACUACCUCAAAAGCCUUACCUCUAUUCCACUCCUCCUGCAUCCACUUCAUUUCCGUCAUUCUCAGCGAACGCGGGAUUGGUGCUGGUAAGGACUCGUUCCCCGUAUUCUACGUCAACCCGUACUCUACACUGGCGCACACCGUUGCCCGGCUCGUUGCAACCAGAUCUCACCGGAUGUGGGUCGUAGAAUCCGCCUCCCCCUCCCCGUCGACUCCCGCAACCCCCCUCGCAGCACCCUCGGUCAGGGACGCUGUUACCUCACCCCAACCACCCCCAUCCCCCAGCAUGAGCAGCUUCCCCGCCCCCUCCAUCUCCACGGCCGCCCUUCCAGGGGCGCGCAUCUCCGGGCGCCUCAUCGGCGUCAUCUCCCUCACCGACAUCCUGAACCUCUUCGCGCGCCAAUCCGGCCUCAACCCCCUGAGUCCCACCGACCAGCGCGACCGCCGCCGCCGCAGCUCCAGCAGCUCCAUGCGCCCCAGCUUUGACUCCGCCCGUGCCUCUAGCUUGGAUCUCCGCCGCUGA